AUGGACCGCUCCAGGCAGCUACUGCUGUGGCUCCGAGCUGCAGCUCCAAGCUCCCAGGACCCCAACGUCACUGGGGCGCUUAACGGCUUGAAGCCAGCCUCUCCCCUAAUUCGCUCAGCCACGGAGGGGCCUUGGCAGUUCUCCACCUGCGGUGCCAGCGGGCGGCACGGGCCCACACAAACGUGCGACGGGGCGUAUGCUGGCAGCAGCGUGGUGGUGACAGUGGGGGCCGCCGGGCCUCUGAGAGGCAUGCAGUUGUGGCGGGUGCCAGGCUCCGGCCAGUACCUGAUCUCAGCCUACGCGGGCGGCAAAGGCGCCAAGAACCCCCUGUUACUGGCGCAUGGCGUCUUGCUCUCAGCGGUCUUGUCCCUUGGUCGUGGGGAACUGCUUUACAUCCUCGUGGGGCAGCAGAGAGACGACGCCUGUCCCGGAGGGAGCCAGGAGAGCCAGCUCGUCUGUCUCGGAGAGUUUCGGUUGGCUGAGGAGCACGCGGCGACAGAUGGGACCGAAGGGGUUCCGGGAUCGCGGCGCUGGGCGGGAGGCGGCGGCGGAGGUGGAGGCGCCACCUGUGUCUUUCGUCUGCGCGCGGGCGAGCUGGAGCCGCUGGUGGUGGCGGCGGGCGGAGGCGGUCGGGCCUGUCUGAGGCUGCAGGACAGAGGCCGGACUCAGGCCACCACCGAAAAACUGGAGAGCCGCUCGGCGGCGCCCGGGAGCCACGGGAGAGGCGGGGCGGCUGGUGAGGGCCCUGGGCCGCGGGGAGAGGCCCCCACUCCGCAGGCCGGCCGCUCACUGCAGGAGGAAGCGGAGGGCGGCCAGGGCUGCCCAGAGGCCUGGGCUACGCUUGGCUGGGCCGCAGCUGGAGGCUUUGGGGGCUGCGGUGGGGCCUGCACUGCUGACGGAGACGGCGGCGGCUACUGGGGGGGUGAUGCCUCAGAGACUGACAUCCUCUGGGCUGAUGGGGAAGAUCGGGUAUCCUUCCUACACCCCAGCAGUGAGCUCUACCUGCAGCCUCUGGCAGUUCUUUUACUCAUCAUCACAGAGAGCCAUGGAGAAGUGGAGAUCCGACUGCUCCUCAAUAGCAGUCAUUGCCUUUUGAAAGACUGCCAAUGGCAGGCAGAGCUCCAAUUGUCCACAUGCAUGUGCCCAGAGAGCAUGGAGCUAGCUGUGGGUAAUGUCACGUGCAUGUCUCUCUUUCUUCCCACACACCCAGGCCCUCUGGUUCUAUUGGUGGCUGUGGUGGUGACCUCUACACUGAGCCUCCUUAUGGUGUGUGGGGUCCUGAUUCUGGUGAACCAUAAGAAGUGGCAGGGCCUUUGGGGUACAAUGCUGCCAGGCCCUGAGCUUGAGCUGAGAAAGCUUCAAACCUCCACCAUCAAGACAGCCCCCAAUCCCUACUACAGACAUGUGGGGCUUGACACCGCCCAGUCCUGGCCUCUGGGCCCCCCCCCCCCGGGGCUUACUAAGGUUUCCCCAGCCAAUGUCACUCUGCUCAGAGCCCUGGGCCAUAGUGCCUUUGGAGAGGUCUAUGAGGGACUGGUAAUUGGCCUUCCUGGGGACCUCAGCCCCCUGCAGGUAACUACCAAAACACUGCCAGAACUCUGCUCUCAUCAGGAUUAGUUGGAUUUCCUCAUGGAGGUGCUCAUCAUCAGCAAGUUUAGCCAUCAAAAUAUUGUGCGCUGUGUGGGACUCAGCCUUCGGGCUGCCCCUCGCCUAACACUGGAGUUGAUGUCGGGAGGGGACAUGAAGAGUUUCCUGAGGCACAGCAGGCCACACCUGGGCCAGCUGUCACCUCUGGCCAUGCAGGAUCUGCUCCAGCUGGCCCAGGACAUAGCUCAGGGCUGCCACUACCUGGAAGAAAAUCACUUCAUCCACAGGGACAUUGCUGCCAGGAACUGUCUGCUGAGCUGCACUGGGCCCAGCAGAGUGGCCAAGAUAGGGGACUUCGCAAUGGCAAGAGAUAUCUACAGAGCCAGUUAUUACCGCAAGGGGCAGGCUCUGCUGCCAGUCAAGUGGAUGCCCCCAGAGGCCUUCCUAGAGGGCAUUACAUCCAAGACAGACACCUGGUCUUUUGGAGUACCGCUCUGGGAGAUCUUCUCUCUGGGCUACAUGCCCUACCCUGGCACCAACCAGGAGGUGUUAGACUUUGUAGUUAAAGGGGACGGACGGAUGGACCCUCCCAGGGGCUGUCCAGGACCUGGGUACCGUAUCAUGACCCAGUGUUGACAGCACCAGCCUGAACUCAGCCCUAGUCUUGCCAGCAUCUUGGAACGGCUUCAAUACUGCACUCAGGACCCUGAUGUGCUGAAUUCACCCCUGCCAGUGGAGCUGGUGCCCAAACUGGAGGAGGACAGGGCAUCUGGGCUGGGGAGCAGAUCUUUGGAGGGCCUAAGAUCCCCGCAGGCCCAGGAGCUGAGUCUGGAGAGCUUGAAGGGCUGCGGAGGAAGCCUUCUUGGCCCCUGGCUCAAGUCCCCCAAAUCCAGGGGCCUCCAACCUCUGAACUUUUGGAAUCCCACCUAUGGCUCCUGGGCUCCAAGGGGCCCCCAGGAUGAGGACUCAGGCAUUGAUGCUAGCAACGCUUCCUCCCUGCAAUCCUCCCCGCACUCCUCCCCAGGCUCUUAGGUAGCUUGUUAUUCCAGUAGCCUCUGUCCUGCACCCCUGUCUGUGCUGUGUGCCUGGGCUUGUCUCAGGGUUGGACUGCACCACUGAACUUUCCAUCCUGGAAACCAGCCCCAGGCCUUCUGGGGAGGAGCCUAGCCACUCCCAGCUUUUGAUCUUUGGAACCAGAAGUUACCCCUCCUCCCCUCCAAGUAAGGGUGGGGAGUUGAAAUUGCCUCCUGCAGGAAGCUUUCAAUGGAUUGCCCUUCCCCCAUAAGCAUCCUUCAUCUGGGAAGCCCCCAACCCUACAGAUGCCUCUAAUAAAGGGCUCUUCUUAUA